AUGGCGUACGAUCUCUUUAAGAUGCGGGGCCGGGCUCACCAUGCAAAAGAGAUUCUCCAUUGCUUAAAGAACAAGUAUUUCAAGGAACUGGAGGACCUGGAGGUGGACGGUCAGAAAGUUGAAGUUCCCCAGCCCCUGAGUUGGUAUCCAGAAGAACUGGCCUGGCACACAAACUUAAGUCGAAAAAUCUUGAGAAAGUCUCCACAGUUGGAAAAGUUUCACCAGUUCCUGGUUAGCGAAACUGAAUCUGGAAAUAUCAGUCGUCAAGAAGCCGUUAGCAUGAUUCCACCGCUGUUACUUAAUGCUCACCCUCACCAUAAGAUCUUAGAUAUGUGUGCAGCGCCCGGAUCAAAGACCACACAGCUCAUUGAGAUGUUACACGCCGACAUGAACGUCCCUUUCCCAGAGGGGUUUGUCAUUGCGAAUGAUGUGGACAACAAGCGUUGCUAUCUGCUCGUGCAUCAGGCCAAAAGGCUGAGCAGCCCCUGCAUCAUGGUGGUGAACCACGACGCGUCCAGCAUACCUCGGCUCACGAUAGAUGUGAACGGGAAGAAAGAGAUUCUCUUCUAUGAUCGCAUUCUGUGUGAUGUCCCUUGCAGUGGGGAUGGCACUAUGAGAAAAAACAUUGAUGUUUGGAAAAAGUGGACGACCUUGAACAGCUUGCAGCUGCACGGCUUACAGCUGCGGAUCGCCACGCGCGGUGCUGAGCAGCUGGUGGAGGGCGGUCGCAUGGUGUACUCCACGUGCUCGCUGAACCCCAUCGAAGACGAGGCGGUCAUAGCGUCUUUGCUGGAGAAAAGUGAAGGUGCCUUGGAGCUCGCUGACGUGUCUUCCGAGCUGCCGGGACUGAAAUGGAUGCCUGGAAUCACACAGUGGAAGGUGAUGACAAAAGAUGGACAGUGGUUUUCAGAGUGGGAGGCUGUUCCUCACGGCAGACACACCCAGAUCCGGCCCACCAUGUUCCCACCAAAGGACCCGGAGCGGUUACAGGCGAUGCAUCUGGAGCGGUGUGGUGAGAAAGUGCGCGUGGCCCACGGCCGCGGCGCUGUGCAGGUGCAGGGCCUGUCGUGUGACACGCUGCAGGGCGAGCCCAGAGAGCCUGUGCGGUCGGGCCCCACGGACCCCGCCGAGCUGGAGAGUAAACCGGUCGGUGGAAUUGACGACACAGAGAUCACGGAAAGAGCUGAGAACGUAGAGAACAACGGAAGUAAGAAAGACGGAGUGUGUGGCCCUCCUCCAUCCAAGAAGAUGAAGUUGUUUGGGUUUAAAGAAGACCCGUUCGUGUUUAUUCCUGAAGACGACCCGUUAUUUCCACCGAUCCAGAAAUUUUACGCAUUGGAUCCUUCGUUCCCAAAGAUGAAUUUGUUGACUCGAACCACAGAAGGGAAGAAAAGGCAACUCUACAUGGUCUCCAAGGAGCUGAGGAACGUCCUGCUGAAUAACAGCGAGAGGGUGAAGGUUAUAAACACUGGGAUAAAAGUCUGGUGUCGGAAUAACAGUGGCGAAGAGUUUGAUUGUGCUUUUCGGUUAGCGCAGGAGGGAAUAUACACGUUGUAUCCAUUUAUUAAUUCAAGAAUUAUCACUGUGUCGAUGGAAGAUGUUAAAAUUCUGUUAACCCAGGAAAACCCAUUUUUUAGAAAACUUAGCAGUGAGACCUACAGCCAAGCCAAGGACUUGGCCAAGGGGAGCAUCGUCCUGAAGUACGAGCCGGACCCCACGAAACCGGACACCCUCCAGUGUCCCAUCGUGUUAUGUGGAUGGCGGGGAAAGGCCUCCAUUCGGACUUUCGUGCCCAAGAACGAACGGCUUCAUUAUCUCAGGAUGAUGGGGCUGGAGGUGCUGGCGGAGAAGAAGAAGGAAGGGACCGUCCUGGCGCCUGAGAGCGCGGGCGGCUCGGGGCCGCCGGAGGCCGAGGAGGCGGGGGCCGAACACGGCGUGGAGCCGGCCGCCAGUGCCAGCGUGGAUGCGGCCCCGGGCCCCGACCCGGCCGAGGGCACCCUGCCCCGGUGA